AAAACUCAAGUGUUGGACUUGGGUUUUACAAAGUGUGGGAGAGACUGAGCCUGAAGAGAGUGCUGGCUGUACCAUUAGUAGCUAACUUGUCAUUUCAACAUCAGUGCAGUUGGAGUAAAAUCGUAUUUCAGAUUUUUAUGGAUCCUUUAGGCACAAAUCACAAAGAUGAGAAGGACACUGCUUUCAUUACAGUAGAGGAGGAGGAGGAGAAAGAUGAAGAUAAGAAAGAUGAUAGCGAGACAACAGUGAUAGACAGUGAGGAGGAAUCAGAUGACAAAGCCAAGGAGACUGAACCCCAGCAGCAGAAGGAGCAGGCCUGGGCCCCCACUACCUACUCCAAGUUUGGUAAAGAGGUGUUUUGCUACGUAGGAGAGGAGAUCAGCAUCUUUGAGGCCUUGGACUCUUACGGUGCUGUCAUCUGGCCAGCGGCGUUGGCUCUGUGUCACUACCUAGAGACCAACGUUGAGCAGUUGAACCUGGUGGACAAGGCAGUGCUGGAGCUAGGAGCAGGUCCUGGCCUAGUGUCUAUUGUAGCCACACUCCUAGGUGCCUGGGUCACAGCUACAGACCUACCAGAGAUCAUAGGUAACCUGAGAGCCAACCUGCUCCGUAACACAAGAGGGCGCUGUAGGAACACUCCCCAAGCUGCAGCUCUGUCCUGGGGUCCUGACGUGGAACGCAUCUACCCCAGAUCUGUCUAUCGCUAUGACUACGUGCUGGCGGCUGAUGUGGUGUAUCACCAUGACUACCUGGAAGAGCUGCUGUUCACCAUGAGAUACUUCUGCCGUCCAGGAACCACUCUGAUCUGGGCCAACAAGGUCCGCCUCAAGACAGACCUGAGCUUCACAGAGAACUUCCAGAACACCUUCAACACCACACUGCUGGCUGAGAUUGGAGAAGUAAACAUAUUCAUGGGCACGUGUCGAGAAACAGAGGAGAAACCAGAGCUAGACCCAGGAAAACAACAGGAAGAGGAGGAGGAACCAGAGCUGGUCCCAGGAAAACAACAGGAAGAGGAGGAAGAACAUGUCUGUUUACAGGUGGAGGAAAAUGGUUUAGAGGAAAAGGAGGAAGAGUUUGAAGCAGAUCAAACAACUGAGAAUGAGGAAGAAAAUGAGAUGCAGAAGGAGGGACUGAAAGAGGAGAACAAGGACAGAGAAAACCAGGAAGACUCUCAGGAUUGCAGAGACGAUGAAGAGCAGCAGAAUUCUGCUGGCUCACGUUCUACCUCUGAAUCAAAGCUUGAGGGUCUUGAGGAGGCAGACACUCAGGACUCAAAUGUCCAACGGGAGGAGAGACCAGUCUGGGUCGAACAGUUUGUUGUGGAGGCAGACACUCAGGACUCAAAUGUCCAACGGGAGGAGAGACCAGUCUGGGUCGAACAGUUUGUUGUGGAGGCAGACACUCAGGACUCAAAUGUCCAACGGGAGGAGAGACCAGUCUGGGUCGAACAGUUUGUUGUGGAGGCAGACACUCAGGACUCAAAUGUCCAACGGGAGGAGAGACCGGUCUGGGUCGAGCAGUUUGUUGUGGAGGCAGAUAAAAUUUCAGAGGAACAAGACAACAGUUUGGAGGAGGAGGAGGAAGCUGAUGCAGGUGAUAGCAGUAGCCAAGCAUGGGAGAAACAGACGUUGGAACAUAGUGAUGAAGGAUAUGAGGAUGAUGAUGAUGACGAUGAAGAAGAAAACACUAACUCCCGCUGUAGCACCGAAGCAACUGACGAAGACAUUAUCGAGGAGCUGGACACCAAGGAAACCAAGAAUACAGGAGAUGCCCAGCUGGAUAAUACCCACGUCCCCUGGAUACGACUGGACAGAGAGGUCUACUUCUAUGCUGGGCACAAAAUCAACAUCGUUGAGGCAAUGGACUCCCAUGGCGGAGUGAUAUGGCCAGCAGCAUUGGCUCUAUGUAACUACCUGGAGACCAAUACUGAUGUGAUAGAUCUGAAAGGAAAGCAGGUUUUGGAACUGGGAUCAGGGACAGGAUUAGUGUCUAUCGUCGCCAGUCUACUGGGUGCCCAGGUGACGGCCACCGACCUCCCAGACGUCCUUAGCAAUCUGAGAUACAACUUGCUCCGAAACACCAGAGGGCGCUCUAAAUAUACACCUGAGGUGACAGCUCUGUCCUGGGGUCCUGAGGUGGAACGCACUUACCCACGAUCCGUGUAUCGCUAUGACUACGUGCUGGCGGCUGACGUGGUGUAUCACCACGACUUAGAGGAGCUGUUGGUUACCAUGAAAUACUUCUGUCGUCCAGGAAACACUCUGAUCUGGGCCAACAAGGUCCGCCUCAAGACAAACCUGGUAUUCACUGAGGACUUCAAGAACACCUUCAACACCACCCUGCUGGCUGAGAUGGGAGAGGUUAAGAUCUUCAAGGCCACAUGUAAAAGGUAGGAAUUGUGGAAAGAAGGCUGAGGAACUACUGUCGACAUCCUGCCGACUGUAACCAAGAGUCUUUUCUUCUUCCUCUGAGAAAUGCUUGAAGACAGAAGGCGGCCAUCUUGGCUAAUGAUAAUGGACGUUGAUGGACUACUGAUGUUGUUGUUGAUGUUUGAUUUCUACUUUCAAAUGAUCUACUAUAUAUAGUGCUUUAUUGUUUACUUUGUUUUUACACACGUACUUAGAUAGUUGAUAUUAAUAUUAAAAUGUAUGCACUU